GCCGGUGAUGACGUGCUAAACAUUCAAACGGCUGAGAGGCCCCAGGGCGGUCGCUGUUCAGGUUUAAUCCUCAGACACUGGGACGGAGCCCAACAGUCAAUCGUGCAUCAAGGAGCGAAGUAUGGGGUGCUUCCGAGCUCUCCAAGCCGUGCGGGCUUCCAAUUCGAGGCUCCUGGUGGCCAUCUUCUUGCUGACCCAGGUUGGCUGCUUCGUUGGCUAUGUUCGACGAGAAAGGGAGUACAAAUUAUGUGGCACCUAUCCUUUACUGUUGUUCCCUCACAUAACUGAACAGAUUUCUGGAGGCAUGGACCUGUUGGCUAAAAGUCCAGACAGGAUUGCAGCAAAAGGACACCGGAGGAAGAACGUUAUCGGACCUACGACGGUACAUGUAACAAUCCCGGCAACCGUGGUGCCACCUUCUCCAUCAUCAAGCGCCUUAUCCCGCCAGCAUACCACGGUGUCGACGGUCCUCGCCAAAUCGGGAAAGAUUUCAAACGGUUGCCUAGCCCUCGUCUGGUGACCACCACUGUUCACAAGCCAAAAGAACUUGGCAGUGAGUGGACACUGCUGUCCAUGCAGAUCGGUCAGUUUCUUGACCACGACAUCAGCGCCAUCGCGGUGCCCACCCAGGAAAACAAGCCCUUCAAGUGUUGUGGGGUACCAGCCAACGAAAGACACGAGGAGUGUUACCCAAUCGACGUCCCAGCUGAUGACUCCACCUUCAACAAAUGCAUAGAGUUCAUUCGCUCGGAGCCUGCGCGCUACAAAAACGGUUCCGUCAUGUACCCUCGUCGUCACGAGAACGUCAUCACCUCCUUCAUCGACGCCUCCAUGAUCUACGGCAGCGACCUGGCCACGGUGCGCAAGCUGCGCGACAAGGACGGCAAAGGGGCGCUACUCAAGACGUCGUUUUACAAAGGGAGAGAACGCCUACCCAGAGGGGACCCGAAUCUUGCGUCAGCGAAACCCCCGACCGCUACUGCGCCAUGGCUGACAGUGCGAAAAAUCAUAAUCGCCAUCUGGCAAAACACCGUCUACGGCUCAUUCCUGCCUGUCAUCUUGGGGCCAAAGACCAUGGACAAGUACAAGCUGUGGACCGGCAAGAGGAUGCAGUUUGACCCCAAUGUUGACCCCUCCCUUGAGAACGCCUUCGCUACAGCUGCCUACCGCUUUGGCCACUCCCUGGUGUCCAACCUCUUGCGCAUUGACAAGGAUUACUUCCUGAAAGAUGUCUUCAGUGAUUCUACUCACAUUCGUGAAAACUUCGAGUUGAUGUGUCAUGGUCUGGUCAGCUGGAGAAACCCUGCCGAGGAUUUCGACCCCUUAGUGGUCGACAGUCUCACUAAUCACCUUUUUGAAAACAAAAAAAAGAACAGGCCUGGCCUUGACCUCUCCUCCAUCAACAUUCAGCGAGGACGAGACCACGGGACGGCAGGCAUCAACGAAUAUCGCAAGUACUUUGGGAAAAAGCCCUAUGUCAACUUUAACCAGCUCAACUCCGCUGUCGAACUCAGAAGCAUCUACAGCCACCCGGACGACAUCGAUCUCUUCACUGGCGGCCUGUGCGAGAACAGAACGGAGGGAGCAUUCGUCGGUGAGACCUUUGCUGAGAUCCUGGGCAUGCAGUUCCACGAUCUGAAAUAUGGGACAAGUAUUUCUUUGAAACCAACGAUAGACGUUAUGGACAUUCGACAGAGCAGCUCUUUGCCAUUUCUGAAUACUCACUGAGUAAGCUGAUAUGUGUGAAUGGACAGUUGGAUUUUAUUCAAAAGAAUCCAUUCUUCCACCCACAAGUCGAACUCAACCCUAUUGUGUCCUGCAAAGAUCUGAAGGACAUCGAUCUCUACCCCUGGGUAUCGGAGUUCCACACAUACUAAAGGCCAUGCCAUUUUAUUCCCUGAUUGGAAAUGGGCAAAGAAAAUAUGUUGUCUUAAUUUAAAUGGUCGAAAUAAAACUGUUUACUUUGAGCCUGCUAGACGUUCGGUUUGAUAACCAGUCUAGAUAAUGAAUUUGAAGCUUUUAUCAUUGUUGACACAAAAAUUUGAAUUGUCCAAGCAAAUUAUCUCGCAUAGAGAAAUUAUUUUUUUCAUCUUAAUAUUCUAAAAGUGCAAGACCUUCCACCUAGUGAUUUCUGCAAAGUUAUAGUUUGUAUUCUCUUACAAGCCGCUUUUACAUAGUUUUUCUCUUUUUUCACUCCUUACUAAGAGGAAAAUAGCCAUUAUCUUGCAACUUCGUCUAUUUUCUGAGCAACUUUAUGCAAAUAUAAAAGCUCAAGUCUCAACCAUAUGUCAUCUUUUUCUGACUUCCUUUAGUCUGCUACCUUAGAAAAAAUAUUGAAAUCAGAAAGAACUUCGUCCAGAAAUGUGUGCAGUUCAGAUGAUACAGGAACACGAAAAAUAAUUUCUUUAAAACAGAUUGAAAAAUUAUCUGAAAGAAUCUAUCAGCAGGAAUAACUAGCCCAAGAACAACUUUAUAAAUGCUUCUAGUAAGAAACUGGGCUCACAUUUCUUUAAUAAGACUUGAAUCUCUAGAAUGCUGCAAUUAAAUACAAGGCAAAAUUGGAAAUAUAUAGUAGCCUUAUUUGUUCGUAGAGCUUUGUAGGUGAAUGAAUUUCUGAUGAAACUGGUCGUCAGUAUCUUUAAUCCCAAAAGAAUUUUAUUAGUUUGCUUGUAAGGAUUAAGCAAAGACAUACUUUAGAAAAAAUAUAUAUUACAGUGGAAAGGUG